CUUUGAAGCAUGCUGGAUUUGACACGUUCAGAGAUGACGAAGGGAUUGAGAGGGGAGAAAAUAUCAAGUCAGAAUUGCAGAAAGCAAUCUAACAGUUGAGGAUGUCGAUAAUUGUCUUCUCCAAAAAUUUCGCGUCUUCCAAGCCAUGCCUUUAUGAGGUUGAGAUGAUUCUCGACCAUAGCAAGAAGUCUGAACAUGCCAUUUUACCGGUGUUUUAUGAUGUGGAUCCUUUUGAGGUCAAAAAAAAAGCAAAAGGUCUAGCAUCAGCGGAAGGCCUUGGGAGGCAUGAAACACAAGAAAGACAGAAAGAAUGGAAAGACAAAGCAGAAGGAUGGAGCAUAGCACUUAAAGAAGUAGCAAAUAUGGCUGGAAUGGUUUUGCAAAAUGAAGCUGAUGGGGAGGGGGCUUGAACCCUUAACCUCAAGAAGACAAAAUUUUCAU